UGAAGGCAGCAUGACAAGCCGUGUGUUGACUCCAGCCCCCGGCGGCCUCGGCUCAACUUCCUUCCUGCCCCAACUUCACUGUACACAACACAGCAGGACAGUGUUCAAACCUUCAAACUAGCGGCUCCUCACACCUGAUGAACACAAAGCCGCCGCCCAGGACUGGUCAUGACGCAGCAGGAGCAGCAAGACUUCAUUGAGAGCCUGGAGGCAGCCCUCUCCUGGAUGCGGGCCAUCCAGGAGAGGCUGAAAGCCAAUGACAACACCCAGGGGCCACGUGAUGCCCUGGAGGCCCGACUCAAGGAGACAGAGGAAAUCCAUCAGUCGGAGCAUGAAGGCCGUUUGAAGAUGGACGUGGUGCUGGUGGCAGCCGAGAACCUUUUGCAGAGCGGCGAUGAGGAGCUGAGGAACCACACCCACGCUAAGCUCAAAGACCUGAAAAGCCUGUGGGAGGAGACCUGCACCUAUAUCAUCCACUGUCACAGUCGAAUUGAGUGGGUGUGGCUCCACUGGAGCGAGUACCUGAAGGCCUACGAGGAGUUUGAGCUGUGGCUGACGAGGCAACAGCGCAGUCUGGAUGUUGGGGUGGAGCUGCAGCUGGGGGUGAAGGAGAAGCUUUGGCAGGUGGACCAGCAAAGGGUGGUGGUGAGCGACAUCCACAGCCAGGCAGCGCUGCUGGAGAGGCUGCUGGAUGAGGCUUCUGCGCUGCACAACAGAACCCAGGACCCCAGUGUUGAGCCCCAGGCCCAGGAGAGGCUGCAGGAGGCCUACAACGAUGUCAGAGACAGAACUGAGGAGCGUCUGUCGCUGCUUCAGAAGAUUGCUGAGGAGCACCAGACAUACCAAGGCUGUGUUCAGAGGUUCCAGUCCUGGCUGCUGUCAAAAACCAAGGAGCUAACUGAUCUGAUGGAGAGGGAGGAUACCUCUGAGGACAAACUCAAAGCCUUACAAGCUUUGGACGACAGCGUGGCCGGCGAGGAGAAGACCCUGCAGCAUAUCGAGGGCAUGGUGGAGGUGGUGAGGAGCAACACCUCUCCUGCGGGGGCGGAGGUGGUGGUGGAGGAGGCAGAGGAGUUGAGGCUGGGCUGGCAGAGGCUGAGGCAGGGCCUGUGCGAGGCCGAGGAGGGCCUGCGCUCCAGCCUGGACUCCCAUAGUCAGUACAUGGCCAGGUGCCAGCGGCUGGGCGAAGACAUAGGCUGCCUCAGGGUGCUGCUGCAAGGGCUGGACCAGGAGCUGGAGGAGGGCCGCGAGGGUGGGGGCCGCACUGACCGCACAGAGGAGCAGAUGGUGGGCCAGUGGAGGAAAUACAUGGGUGUGAGGAAUACUCUGGCAGGGGAGGAGUCCCAAGUGGAACUUCUCAAGGCUCAGCUCAAGGAGCUCUUCAGGUUCUCAGAGGACUCGCGUCACCUUUCUGAUGAUGUCCUGGCUGUUGUCAAAGAACAUCAGAGUGUGAAAUGCAGAGCGACAAGGCUGUGUUCUGAGUCAGAGUCAGGGCUGAGAAACAUUCUCCAGGACCCACUGCUGGUCUACGCCCAGUGGAGCCACAUGGUCUCUCAGGCUCUGGAGGCUUCUGCUGAGGUUACUGACUUCUCCCACAUCGCCAUGUUGGUCCAGAACAUAGAGCGUCUGCUGAAGGACAGUGUCCAGCUGCAGGAGCGUUUCAGUCUGCUGCAGGUGAAGGGGGACCUGCUGGACUCUGUGUUCGGUCCUGAGAGGUCUGACGACCUGCAGGACGAGCUGAGUGCCGCCAUCAGGAACAGAGAGCUGCUGCACACUCAGCUGCUGCAGAGGAAGAGCAGGCUUCAGGGCUUAAUCUCAAGAACCAAGGACUUUGGUGAUGCCUAUGAGUUGAUUUGCUCUAAGCUGGCCAGUCUCCGGGACCAACUAAUAGCAGCUGACGGCCUCCAGCCUGACAUCCUGGCUAAGAAAAGCCAGUCUGACCAGUUCAGGGUGAUCCAGAAAGACCUGGAGGACUGCGAAGCCCACAUCACAGCGCUGGAGACUCUGGUCUCAUCCAGUCAGAGCAACAGGCCUCAGUUUGAGAGGCUCUUUUAUGACUGGAAACAUCUCUACAAGGCAGUCAGGGUGAAGGUGCAUGAGAAUGAAGAGAGCAUCGCAGACCAUGAGAGCUUCCACGACAGUCUGCUGAACAUAGAGAAGUGGCUGAUGAUCAUGAAGCAGAAGCUGGAGUCCUUCCACAGCCCCUCAGGAGAGUGGAGCAUAGAGGGCCGCCAGCACGAAGCUGAGAGAGCGCUUGAAGAGUUUCCAGAGAAGGAGCUUCAGCUGCAGCAUAUGGAAGUCCAUGGUCAGGGGGUUCUGGAGAAAACUUCAGAGGAGGGACAGGUCCACAUUCUGCGAGACAUGAAGCGCCUACGAGAGUCCUGGUUGGCCCUAUACAACAUUAGUCUCAAUCUUCACAGGCUGCUAAACAGCUCCACAGCGCAAACAGAGUCUGACUUAUGGAGGGUUGGAGGCCUCUUUGUAGACAGCACAUCCCUAACAACAGAGCUCAGGCUGGGGAAGGGGGGCAGUCAGGUCAGGACAGAAGACUCCAGGAGCCAGAGAGGCCAACAACAAGACAAGCCAGCAGAGGUGUAUGGAACCUUGGCUAGCUCUGGGCCAGCAAUAGGAGGACGCCUGGAGGGAGAGGCAGAAGAGGGGGUGAUGACGGGGCAGGGUGGGUGGAUCCAGGGCCAUGGUGAAGGUCACCUCAUUCUGACUGGACAAGACCAUGAACAUCUCAGCCCAUCAAGGACAGGCAAGGACAGUGGGCGCUCUUUUAAAGGAGACGAAGUAGAUUCCUCUGCUUGGAGUAUUUGCGGCAGAGCAGACCAGAAGGUUUCCAAAGACUCCACCACUGAUGGAAGCCCUGACAGUGAUAAAUCAACAGGGGGCAACAGCAGCAUCUUGGCUGGAGACAAAUGGGGAACAGCAUUUACUACAAAGGUCAGCUAUGGUGAGGGAGGAAGAAUGGACUCUGGUGAAGGCAGCAUGGAGGGAGGGGAAGGCCUGAGCUCAGGAGGAGGAGCGUUCAUGCUGUUCAGAAGGGACCCAGCCAAGCAACCAUCAACUACACCAAUGCAACCCACAAUGAGGGGAAGAGAACAGUACACAUCCAGGAAGAGGGAGUUUGAGGCCUGGCUGUCCAAAGAGAAUGACCUCCUCUCAGGGAUCCUCAGUACCAAGGGAGCAACACUCAGUGCCAAAGAACUCAAGAUCCGACAGGACACACUCUACGCUCUGAGAGCAGGAGUGACGUGGGGUCAGGAGCAGUUCCAGCUGUUGCUCCAGGAGAGUCAGGGCAGUGAAGCUGGUUCUGGACCAGCAGAAGAUGUGUGUCUGGAGGAGCUUCGCUACCGCUGGAUGCUCUAUAAGUCCAAACUGAAGGAUGUGAGAGAUGUCAGGGCCAGAACCAGUGCCAAGAGAGUCCAAGCCAAACAAGAGGAGCCGGCCAUCGCAGCAAAGGUGCAAAAGAGGCCUGGGUUGUUGCAGCGGGUGUGUCGGCUGGCUCUUCCGUUGUGGCUCCUCCUCCUGGCUCUGCUGCUCCUGGCCUUCCUGCUGCCCCUCAUGGACGAAGGCAACAGCUGCUCCCUCUCCAACAACUUCGCCAGAUCCUUCAACAUAAUGCUCCGUUACGAAGGGCCGCCACCCACAUAGGAAACCUGUAGAGAUAAUAUCAGUGGUAAUAUCUGAUCUCACUUUCUACAGCAACUUAUGUUGCUAUAAUGGACCACGGCUUAUGUAGGAAAUGUUGACUUGACUACUUAAGAUCCCACAUUCCCCUGCCCAUUGAUCAUCAUGUGUGACUGUAACAGAACACAAACAGGACCACACAACCUUCAGUUCCAUCUAAAAACUGUGCAGUUUCAUCUUCUUUUUAAAAACUACUUACUAAUAGCUUUGCUAACACCAGUGAAUCAUUUUUUCCUCCUUUAAUAUCAACUGUACUAGGACGGACCACAAUCUAUGAAGGAAACCACAACCUAGAGUAGCACGCACAUCUGCAAACAACAAAUCCCACUUUUUCCCGAUCCUUCUAUUCAUUCUGCUUCUACGCAUUCUGGCGUCACGUUUCGCUGACCUGAUUGGUCGAUAGAGCACAAGGCCCCAGGCUCACGAAACUCAGAUCAAACUAGGCAGUGCUGAUCAAAUAUGAAUCAAGAUUCUGUCACUGCAUUGCCUAUUUCCUCUCAAAUGUUUUCAGAAACACAUUUUAGUGUACUGUUUAGCUGUAAUUUGAGAAACCACCACCAUUUUCUUCCUGAUUACAUGAUUUGAGUAGGUUUUCUUUUAUGUUUGGGAUGAGACACGGAAAAAGUAUCAUUCAUUCAUCCAUGAUCUAUAUCUGCUUAUCCUGCACUGGGUCACUGGGGGGCGGGAGCCUUUACCUGCUCACACUGAUUGAGAGGCAGAGUACUGCCUCACCAUGAAACGUAAAAACAUUCAGUCCACAGUGUCUCAACUGUUGGAAGUUUCUUGUUAUAACAACAUACUAACUUGUCAUGUCACAACGAGAAACUUUGGUUUGGUAUUGUGUGAGAACAAGAAAGGUUUCUUGUUAAAACAUAAUAAUUUGGUAUGUGGUAAUAGUGAGAAAAACGUCAUUAUAACAUGAAAAUAUCUUGUUAUAACAUGAAAUCAUUAUAAUGAGAAGCUUAGCAGAUUUUUCAGACUUUUUCUUAUGGUGGUGGCAUUACGCUGCCUUACACUUCAGCUCUGUCCAGUCAUAAUCAGGCCUAGAUUCCAUUUGGUAGGGACUAAACAUAAAAAUCUGAAUUUUCAUGCAUAUAAAUCUUGAGAAGACACAAAACGAAACCUUGAUUCUGAAAACAGUGUCCAGAUGACUACGACUGAAACCUUUUCUACGAUAGAACACUCCUGGACGAAUGAGGGACUACACCGUCUUAAAACGAAACCUUAUUAAUAACAUUGGCUUGGUGAGAAUACUUUAAGCCCUGCUCUCAAACCUCUAUAAGUACUUAUCAGUUAACUGGAAUUCAUCCUUGCCUGGUAGUCAUUUAAAUGAAUGUCAUACUAUACAUAGGGUGAGAGAUGCUAAGCCAAAGUGAAAUGCUCAGUGGAUAAAAAUGUGGAACAUGUACCUGAAGAUCCAAACCAAAGACUACAACAACUGUACUGGACAUGAUACUGAAGCUAACACUGCAUUUCUGUUGAACUCUGGAUUCAUAUCUUCUCAGCAGCAACUAAUACCAUUAAUUACACCCUCCAUGUGUUCAAGUGGUCCGGCUUAGAAAACCAGGUUAGGAACAAAGACUCCAGUUAGAUUUUCUCUGCCUGAGGUAAAACAACACUUCAGCUAUUGUUGUGCUAAUGAUUUGUAGCAAUAUUAAAUAGCCAGUUUACAAAAAAAACUACAAGCUUUAUAUACAGUAUAUGUUAUGUUUAAUCUUUGUAAAGAUUUUAAGAUCAAAAAAGUACAUUUCUUAUUGUUAUACAAUCAACCGGGACUGUCAACUGUAUGUUCAUACUGAGAGCAACCUGGCUAAUGCUAAUCAUUCUGUUCUGACUGUGAGCAGUGAACAGAGAAAUCAGAUAUUUUCAUUGUCAGGAUGUUGACUUUGAUGUAGAAUCAAAGCACUGUACAAUUCUAGGGCUUUAAUUCUGUUUGCCAGCUAUGUUGACGCAUUAAAUCAGUAAAAUUAGAGUGUGGACUGCACUGCAUGGGCCCCAAUCUGAAUGUGGACUGUGGGUUCCAGUCAUUGGCUGGAAGCAGUGCUGUACAAUAACAGAGAGCCCAAGUCCUGACGCCCCCUCCGGGCUAGCUGCUGUUCCACUAGCAACAUCUCAUCUCAUUCUUUCAUCAGUCUUACUGAAAAAGUAAAGCAUGUUGCAGGGAUUUACUGUACGUAUUCUACAUUAUGAUAUAUGAUAAGUAGCUAAUUCAGCACUUGCUGUUUAUGAUUUUGUUGGCAUUUUUUAAAACUGCAGUUCCCAUGAAGUUUUUCCAGACCCCACAAUAACUGUUUCUCCCUUGUCCAUUAUAUCUACCUGAGCUCUCCUCUGAUGCUGUCUCUAAAACCCUUUAGCUGUUCAUAGAAUGUUUACGCGGUUCAGUCCAUCCUGUCCAUUUUCAAAUAUCCCAAUUUGACUGUCAGUCCGUCAAGCUGGUGAUACUUAACCCACAAUGGGCAUGGGCAUGGGCUCGUGGGACACAGUGUUCUUUAAAGGCAGCUAAAAACAGUAACAUCAACAAUUUAUUUAUUUAUUUUUUUUGUCAUGUAUUUACCAUCCCUGUCUACACAAAUGGAAUGAACUGUACGACAUUCUGUCGUUCAGGAACACAACCUGGAAGGUCUGGCUCCACUUUGGCUCUCUGUUGUGGAUUCAGGCUUUAGAGAGGCAGCAUAUUUCAAGUAAAUGAACACAGACAAAUGGCAGUCAGAGAGAGGAGAGAAAUUUCUUAAUAAAUUAAAUUUGAAAAUAACCAAGCUUGAAGAUUUACUCAACAAAAUCGCCCUCACCCAAUCCCAGGCACGAUACUUUGUUGGAACCUGUUGGGUGUUGCAGUCUUUCAUAUCAAAGUUGUUGAACAGUGGUUGAUCAUGUUGCUCACAGUGCGAACACACAGAUGUGCUUGACUGAUUCAGUAACAAUUUAGUAGAAGCAGUACACAUGAAGAAUCAUAAGCAUACGAUAGAAGGGGAUCUUUACUCCUACAAUGUUGACUGAUGACUGAUGAAAUGUACUGACGAUUGUACAGUGAAGGGGUGUGUGUGUGUGUGUGUGUGUGUGUGUGCGCACAGUCUACUCAUGUAGCUCUCCUCCCUCACACUUUCUUCACUGCUUAUAUAGUUUGACACAUUACCUCAUGGAAACCACAUCCACUGCUCUGAAUUAGAAAUGAGACGGACGGUUUAACGUUUGUUUACCAUUUGCAGAAUGUACCUUGAAAAACCAAAAAUCCUCCGUUUAGGUUGAUUCUGUCUGUAGUGCAUGCUCAAAGUUCUUUUGUGUUCUUGCAUGUACACUUAAGAUUUUUAAACCUUUAUUUUUAGUACUGAUUUCAUGACAGCUAAUCUGCUACUAUUGAUGCAGGAAUAAGGAGGUGUCCAUGAAUUUCAUACUUUAGGUCUUCUCAUGUGUCAGUAGGGUAAAAACAGUUUUCCUUUGUUCCUUCUGUGUCCCUUUUUUAACUGUACACCCAUCUCAUGAGAGCUGUUCAGAUACUUUUCUUUUCUGGAGGUGCUAUUUUGGCUUUAACACACGUGAUCUGUCUUUUUCACUGCCUAAACCAACAGUGAAAAUAAUUAGAAAGCCAUCUGCUGUGGCCCCUGACAUUUUUUUUGGACCACAGUGUGCUCUUGUUGCCAAUGCCCGAGCUGUAAACCUUCGCGAUCACCUUUCUCUUACAAACCCGAAAUAACUUGCAAUCGCUUUUUAUCCUGCAUUCUCUCUUUUUUCACACCACACACACCCUUAAAAAUACACCCGAACACCUCCACACUCCCUCACAAAUACGGUUACUUUCUCUUUGUUGGCUGGGUUUGUGUAUAUUAUUGACUUAUCAUGUUGCCAUGGCAACAGUGACCUAAUCAAGUUAAUCUUUUAUGUCUUAUACAACGACAACCUUACAAGUCCUCCAGCGUGUUUGGAAUUUGCUGUUAAAUUCAGCUUUUAUUUGGGAAUGAAAGAGCACAGGAGAGGACACUUGAGGAUUUGAAAAAUGUUAUAUUUCAACAUCACCAUCACCAUGGCAGUUUUUUUUCACAGCCUAAACCACCAGUGAAAACAAUUAGUUCCCUUUUAACACCCCCCCCCCAAAAAAAAAAAAGAAAACCUCACUGCCAUGAUGAAUGGCAGCUUCAAACUGCCUCCACACUGAUUUUUAAUUGCUUUCAGAGAAAUGUUUAGAGUUUUCUCAUGUAGCCCAGAACAGGAAGAGGGCGUUGUUCUUUCUGCACACAAAAAAUUACUUUGCAGAGAAAUAGUUUUUGCUUUUGCUGGGCAGUAUAUCAUCCUUUUCAAAAUGUUGUUUGAGUCUCUAUACUAGGGCUGUCACUGUUUCAAAAAAUGGAAUUUAGACACACAUAUUCAUUCAAAUUAAUUCAGAUGUAGCCCACAUAGCCUAGUUGUAAACUGCGUUGUAGAAUUGUCGUUCCGUUCAUUCGCUGCGUCUCUGCUGCCUCACUGAAUGACCAGCUAACAGCUGACUUCAGAUUUUUUUGUCAUGGUAACUUGGCUGUAAGGCAGAUGCAUUUUACGAAGUAGGUAAACGGACUGACCUUUAGCAAGUAUUUUACCAUCUGUGAUGUCAUAUUUUUUAUCAUAGUUUCCUAUAGGUGAUCAUAACACCUGGUACUUAAAACAGAUUAUUGGUUCUUAAACUUUCAAGUAGCUGAAAAUAAAUGCAUAUGCUAAAUAUUUGCAAAUCGCUUCUUGCUAUUAGCUCUCACAGACUCCCCCACUCCCUCCAUCAAUCCUUUGCUGAGCAAAGUGUUAUGCACAGCGCAAGAGCCUAGUUUUUCCACUAUAAUGUGAACACAGGCUUUAUAUAGUCAAACCCCAAUCUGUUUAGAGACUAACAUAAUCUGGUCAAAAGCAGGAACUGAGCUGUCCUAUCUGCUAUUGGCUGGUCGUAAGUGCCAUGUCAUGUCAAUCAAAAUACUUAAUUAACUACUUAAUUGUCUGUCAGGUGUCUGUUAAAACUUUAAAUCAGGUAUCUCAAACAUAGUUCCGGCCAACACUGUUGACACUGGUUUCUGAGGUUUCCUGAAACAAAAAUAAUGGACAAGGUGGAGGUGAAGAAAAUACAAUGGUGACAUUGCCACCAGAUGUCAGGCAUCUCAGAGGUUUUCACAGACUUCUAAUGUGUAAAUAUGCUACAUGUAGCAUCACAUAUUACUGAAGACAUACAGUUAUCGUGGCCUUAAAGCUUUAUGUAUACCAUCCAGUUGAUCAGCUGUACUCAGUGCCAUAACCGCAUGUAUUUAUUAUUACUGUAUAACAACCGUAUAAGGUUUAGUCCUGUCAUGUGUUAAUGCUGCAUUGUACACUGAAUCAAUAAUUAGGCUCCAUGGCACUGCUUAUUGUACUGCUCUGCUCUGUCUUCUAUUAUGUAUGUGUCCCUUUAGAGAAGCCUAUUCAAUGCCUGGCUCAAAUCCUACAUUAUUGCGUGUCCAUUGAUAACUUAUGCAACAUAAGAAAUGACUUGAAUCCCCUGAGCACAACUGGUUCUUUAGAUACAGUAUGUGCGACAUACAGAAGAAAAGCUGUCAGAAUAGAAUAGUACACUUGUUAUGCAAAAAUGUCCUGAAUGCCUGUGUCUGCUCUCAGAUCGUAUUCAUUAUGAAAAUGCACAGGUAAUGAUUGACAAGCAAGAGAUUUUUUGUAAAAUGAUACAAUUCUAUUUUAUUAACAUUUUAAAACAGAGUAGAAAUGCUUCAUUUUAUUCAAGAGAGCUUGUAUGAUUAAAUAAAAAUGCAAUUUAAAUAUUCUGUGCUGGAA